AUGCAAAAGAUUAAACUCCCUCCAAGACCAGAAAGUGUUUGCUCAUCUACACCAUGCAAAUCAAUAUCACAGAUUAGACAUUUAAUUAAAGAAGGUAAAUAUGAAAUUUCACCACACCCACCAUUUGAGAAUCGACUUGAAAAUGUUAUUAUGCCUGAAGAUAGAUAUUUACCAAUGAACAUGUUAUUUUCAGGAAAAAAUCAUCUUCCUAAUUUACCUUUAUUUCGACAACACUUAAUAAGACAAGGUAAAUUAACACAAGAAGCUGCUAUUGCACUUAUUAAACAAGCAAGAGAUAUAUUUAAGAAAGAAGCGAAUUUAUUAACAGUAUAUGCACCAGUAGUAAUAUUAGGAGAUAUUCAUGGACAAUUUUAUGAUAUGUUAAAUGUUAUGGAUAUGUUAGGAAGUCCAAAUAAAACACAAUACUUAUUUUUAGGGGAUUAUGUUGAUAGAGGAGAUUAUUCAGCAGAAGUAUUAUUUUACUUAUUAGCACAUAAAAUAUGUUAUCCUGAACGUGUUUUUAUGUUAAGAGGAAAUCAUGAAACAAGAUUAAUGUGUGAAUAUAUGACAUUUUUAUUAGAAUGUAAUAACAAAUACAAUAUGAAAAUAUAUAAUGAAUUUUUAACAUUAUUUGAUUCAUUACCAUUAUCUGCAUUAAUUGAAGGAAAUAUUAAUGGAAGAGUACUUUGUAUGCAUGGAGGAAUUGGUCCUGAUAUUAAUACAUUAACUGAUAUUAAUAAUAUUAAUAGAUUUAUGGAACCACCAGGACAAGGACCAUUAACAGAUUUAUUAUGGUCAGACCCUAUUAAUGAAUGGGAUCCAGAUGAUCCAGAAUGGGAAGGAAUUUCACGAUAUGAAUGGAGUAAAAUUACAUUUUGUGAAAAUACAAUGAGACAUACAUCAUAUUUUUAUGGAAGAGGAGCAUUAGAACCAUUUUUACAAAGAAAUAAUCUUGCUAGUAUUGUUCGUGGUCAUCAAGUUCAAGAUGAUGGAUAUUUUGAACAUACAUUUUUAACAAUUGAUCGUCCUCUUCCAUUAUGUUUUACUAUUUUUUCAGCACCAAAUUAUUGUGAUCAAUAUAAUAAUCAAGGAGCAUUAUUAUCAAUUUCAAAUUCACCAUUUGAUAUUAAAACAUUCUUAUGGAAAGAUCAUCCAUUCCAACUUCCAGAAUUUCAAGAUGGAUUUAGUUUUUCACUUCCAUAUUUAUUAGAACAUUGUGUUAGAAUUUUACAAGAUUUAGUUAUUUCUAUUAAAGAUAAAAAACAACAAACAAUUGAAGAUGUUGCAGCAGAUGCACGUUUAAAACAAAAAACUCAACAACUUUUUGCUAAAUCACAAAAAAUACGAGAAAAUCAAGAAAAAUAUCGAGCUAUUUUAUCAAACUCAUAUCAUAAAAAUAUGACUAAAUUUGAAAAAGCAUUACAACUUGAUAAACAAAAUGAACAAUUCCCAACACCAGAAAUGAUUGCAUCAAAACAAUCAAAUCAUACUGGAUUAUUAAGAAGAGGUGCAUCAUCUCCUGCUUUAUUACAACGUUUACAACAUGAUCAAUCUUUCUUACUUGAUCAUUCUUCUAAAAAAAUACCUGUUUCAAAUCAACCUGUUUCAUCAUCUUCUCAUCAACAAUCAAAUCUUUCUCAAAUGAAAAGACAAUCAUCUAAAACAUUUAAACCCCAUCAAAAGAAAUAA